ACACAAGCUAAUUUGAAUGGGGAGGUUACUUUAGAACCAUUAAUAUCUGCUCCAGUACGGGUUACACAGAAUGGAGCAGAAUGGACACCUUUAGACUGGAAUUUGGUCUCAAAAUUACAACAAAGUGUUAUGGCCUACGGAGCCACUAAUUCGGCUGUACGAAGACAGAUGACAGCCUUUAUGAAAUACCAGGAGCUUGUUCCUGCCGAUAUUAGAUUGCUUAUGGAAACUCUCCUAGGGGCUACGGCUUUUACAAUGUUUCUGGUAAAGUGGCAGGAACGCUUAGAGCUAAAACAACUAGAGUUUAAGGCUGAAGACUCCAACCUGCUCGAGAUUAAGGCUGGAGAUGCCAACCUGCUCAAGAUUAAGACUGGAGACUCCAACCUACUAGAAUUUAAGGCUGAAGAUGCCAACCUACUACAGACAGCAACAGAGACAGAGGUUAAUGAGGUGCUGAGGAGUACAAGCCCUGAGAAAAAUGAAGCAUUAGAAGCCCAGCAACAGAUGUCCUUGUUUCAGAACCGUAUCAGAGAGCAAAAUGCACAUUUGGAGAUGCUGCGUGAGAAAGCACAUGACCUGGAAGUACAGCUUGAGUCUUCUCAAAAGAAUGCCAAAGAUAAAGAAAAUACAUUUGCCCAAAUGGAAGAGAAUAUGGAAGAUACAAUUCAACAGCUAUGCGAAAGCACGGAAGAAAAAGAACAAGAUGUUAAAAGUCUCCAAGAUCUAGUGGCAUCAGAAAGGUUGUCUGUAUUGCAAUGUGCCCUUUCUGUCCGGGACUCAGAAAUAAGAGAAUUGAAAAAUGAAAUAGCUUUAUGCAAAAUGAAAGAACAACAACAUGUUGAAGAACUGACAAUCAGCCAUGAGAAGGAUAUUUGCAGACAGUUGGAGAACUUGAGGGCUGAGCUGGAGAAGUGCCACAGGAGGGAAAUUGCAGAAGCCAGGCAGGUAUAUGAAGAAGAAAUGGUUUUGAAAUAUAAGAAUGAACUUGAAGAGCUAAAAAGAGAGCUCUGUGCUCUGAAUUCUGAAGAGCAUGUUCAGACUUUGAAUGGCAUAAUAAUUGACUUAAAUAAGAGUCUUCAUGAGUCUGAAGUUAAUAAAGAAUCUUUGAGGAAGAGACUUGAGAACCAACAGGAAGACUUUGAGAGAGAAAAAUCUGAAAUUGAAACUAAAUACAAGGGUUUGAUUGAUGGGCUUAAGUUGCAACUUUCUGAUGCAGAAGAGCAGCUCAAGGAAGCUGAGCAAUAUAAACAAGUAAAACAGUCCUCGCGUGGAAAGAUUCAGAAACUGAAUUCUCUCGUCAAGGAAUUAAAUGAGAAGCAACUUUAUGAGGCUAAAGCCACUACAGAUGUAAGGCAAAAGCCUGAUGAAGACAAUGUCUCCAAUAAAAAGGUAAUGACUUUGAGGGAAAACCAGAUUUUACCAGAGAUGAGAACAGAAUUUGAUGCAAUGUGGAAUGAGCCACACCAGUUGACAGGUGAAGAUGAGCUAGUUCAUGAAGAACUAGAGUUCCAGUAUGGCUUUGGAGUAGGCUCCUCAAGGGAUCCAUUAGCAGAAAUCAAGAAUUCAGAGGUCACAGAGAAUAAUGAAAACGGUGAAAGUGAUGACUCUCUUAAAGUAAUUGAGACAAAAAUUGAGCAACAACAGGUUUAUAGAUAUGACCCUGAAUAUCCAGUUAUGGUUUUGGUUUAUGGAUCACAGCAAUACAGAUCUGCUAUUAUAGCGCAACAAAUUGAAAAACACUUAGCGAUCCUAGAAUGGGUUUUCCCAUCGUAUCAGCCUUCUGCAUCUGUUACCACGCUCCAGGAUUAUAUUGGGUCCCUAUUGUUAAAAGCCAAAGAACGUGUCAGGUUGGUGUUUGGUGUUGAUCCUUCUGUAUUUGUACUACCUUGGAAAACUACUGAUUUAAUCCAAGAAUGGUCAUUAUGUUCUAUGACCUUUGCUCUUGCAGUUAAUGGGGUACAAUUGUCAACACAUUAUCCCUCUCAUCCGCUGUUUCAAACAACCUCUAUUAUAAUGAGAGGGCCUAUUGUGAAACAAAAACCUAUAUCAAAUGCACUUACUGUAUUCACUGAUGCCAGUGGACAUACUGGGAAAUAUGGCUUCGCAUGGCAAGACAAUCAAAAUUGGAAACUAAAGAUAUGGACUGACACAGGAAAAUCAGUGCAAAUCUUAGAACUACAAGCCAUUGUUGAAACCUUAAAUUGGUUUUCCUCACAAGCCUUAAAUAUUGUAUCCGAUUCAGCAUAUGCAGUCAGUGUAGUCAAUCGUAUUGACUGUGCAAAAAUAGGUAAAAUUGGAACAUUGGAAAUUGAAGAAUUGGUAAUUCGCCUAAAGGGUAUAAUUCAAGAACGUAAGGAGCCCAUCUGGUGCUGCCACAUGCGAAGUCAUACCAACUUACCUGGUAUCUUUUCCCAGGGUAAUGCUGUAAUUGACCGAGCGGUUGCAGGACCAGUCGUGCUACGGAACUUUGAAGCGGCUCGUCAGUCACAUGAGUUUUUUCAUCAAUCCUCAAGAGGUCUACAGCAGGAAUUUGGACUAUCUAGGUCUCAGGCUCGAAAUAUUGUCGCAGCCUGCCCUGAUUGCGCCCGUAUUGCUCCAUUACAACAACAUGGAGUUAACCCGCGAGGCUUAGGCCCAAGAAAAGUGAUGACCCACCUCGAUGGGUCCCAGCUAAAUGGGUAAAACCGUGGCUGGAAAAGAAGGGAGAUUCUGAGGAAACGAGAGGACAGCAGACGGUGUCUUAAUAAACUAUUUGUGGAAUCUAGCUAGGGAACUUUUGGAAGAAAAACGAAAUGAAGAUAUUAGGUCUGGCAGCACCUGUGGUUCUGAUGGAACAGGGAAGUAUGAUGUCACAUA